AUGUCGUACAACCAGUACCAGAGCAAUCCGUACCAGCAGGCCCCAGCGGCCGAGCAGGGCGGAUACGAUUACAACCAGGGCGCCUACAGCAGCUACGAUCAGAACCAAGGCCAUGAGAUGCAGAACUAUGGCGCUCCUCAGCAACCACAGCCGCAAGCACCGCACGUCCUCUCCCAGCAAGACUUUCUCGGCCGCAUCGGCUUCCUCCGCAACGAGAUUGGCUCGGUGACGCGCAACAUCGAGGCCAUUGCCUCGCUGCACCAGCGCUCCCUCGCCGAGUCUGACGGUGGCCUUUCCUCACAGCAGCUCGAGCGCAUCGUCACUGAGACCCGAAAUCUGAACGCCAGCAUUCGUGACCAGCUCAAGUUUCUCGCCAACGACGCUGCCAAGACCCAGGACUCGAGCCGCUCCCUCAAGGAGAGGCAGGUUAACACCAUCAAGAACGAGUUUGAGCGCGAGCUCCACAGCUACCAGAAUGAGGAGAGCACCUUUCGUCAGCGCUACCGCGAUCAGAUUGCCCGCCAGUAUCGCAUCGUCAACCCGGACGCUAGCGAGGACGAGGUCCGCCAGGCCGCCGAGGCUGACUGGGGAAAUGAGGGUGUAUUCCAGACCGCUCUCCGCUCCAAUCGCGCCGGCCAAGCCGCAUCUGUGCUUGGGAACGUGCGCGCGCGUCACAAUGAGCUGCAGCGCAUUGAGCAGACCCUGAUGGAGCUGGCGUCCAUGUUCCAGGAUCUGGCGAUGCUCGUGGAGCAGCAAGACGUCGCCGUCGUUGCGGCCGAGCAGAAUGCGGAGAACACGACCAAGCACCUCGAGGAGGGCAACCAGCACGUCAAGAAGGGCAUCAUCAGCGCCCAGAACGCCCGCAAGUACAAGUGGUGGUGCCUUCUCGUCGUGGUGCUCAUCAUCAUUGUCGUCAUCCUCGCUGUCGUCCUCACUCUCAGGCCUUGGGAGAAGAAGUAG